AUGAGCGGAAGGAGGGCGCCGCAGCUGGGCGCGCGGCGGCCCAGCCUCGUCGGGGCUUCGGGGCUUCGGGCGCCGGGGACGGGCGAAACGAAGAAGGGCCGCCGGGCGCCUGGUGCGCCCGGUGGCACUAGGGGCAGGAGCGCCUCGCCCCACCCUAGCGGCCUCAGCUCCCCGCCCUCGCCCACCUUGCCGAUGAUGGCGAGAACAGGCCCUCAGGCACAACGCCCUUCGGACGUGGACUUCCGACCCCCUGGGGUGUCAUGGGGCACUGCCAGCUACUCGGACAUCCAGGCAGCCGGCGACAACGGCCUUUCGGAGCCAGAGCUGCGGGCCAUCUACAGCAAGCUGGACAAGAACAAGAACGGUACCGUGUCCAAGCUGGAGCUGAUCGCGGCUGUGAGCCAAGAGAAGAGCAUCGCGGACAUGUUGGGCAUCGACGGGGAGUCCCUGCUGAGCGAUGAGAAAUGCUUUGAUGAGCUCCACACGCUCUUCGAGGAGAUCUCCGCGGGGAAGAAAGGCAUCGACUUCGACUCCUUUGCGAAGCACGUGCGGAAGGCCUGCGCGGACAAGACGCCGCGGUCGAAUCGCAUGCAGGAGAUCUUCAACCUCAUCGAUGCGGACGCCAGCGGGUCCAUCUCGAAGUUGGAGUUGGUGGCGGCCAUGCAGAAUAAUACCGCGGUGGAUGAGUUCCUCAUGCCGGGGGUGGACAGUAGCAGGAUCAUGGACGACGAGAACCUCUUCGAGAAGAUCGACGGGCUGUUUGAGGAUGCGGCAGUCUCAAGCGAACUGCUCUGCGACAAUGUCAGGAGCUGGCAGCUGCCCACCUGGAACAAGAAGGUGGUGUACCUUGUCAGACACGCGGAGUCCAUGGAAAACGUGCGUGUCCACGCCUUCGACCGGGUCUGCUGCGCGCUGCGCGCCUGGCAGCGCCCGGCGCGGGGCGACGUGCUCAGCGCUCUGCGGCUGCUGUGCUUCGACCUCAACGCGCCCUUGAGCUCGCGAGGGGAGCGGCAGCUGAGCGACGUCAAGGCGCAGCUGCAAGGGGCCGGCUUCAUGGACCAGGCGCUGCCGGAGCUUUUGGUCUUCAGCCCCUUGGUGCGCGCGGAGCGCACCGGGGAGGUGCUCUUCGGGUCCGAGGUGCCAAUCCGCCAGGCGAUGCCGGGCAUCGUGGAGCGCACCCCGCGGGAGGCGUGCUGCUGCCCACAAAACUUCGAGGAACGGGUGCAGCACUUCAAGGAGUGGCUGGCCGGAAUUCCGCAGACACGCGUUCUGGUAGUAGCCCACUGCCAGUUUUUCUCGAAGCUGCUGGGCAAAGACUUCGGCCUGGACCGGUACCUCAGCAACGCGGAGGUGAAGCGCUGCAUCUUUGACCCCCAGACCGAGGUCUUCGAUGAGUUGACGACCCUCUUCUUGCCCGAGGCGAUCGCGGGGGGGAAGAAGCGAUUCACCUACUACGACUUUGAGAAGUAUUUCCGCAAGGCGGUGGUGGCAGCGACCCCACGACCGCCCAGCAACAUGAACCGCUCGUCCACGCGCGUCUUCAUCAUUGGACCGGGAUUCGGCAACCAGAUCAAUCCAAGACAGAGUCGCAUGGUGGAGGCCGCUGGAUACCAGAUCCGGUGGUGCUUCAACGUGCCCAACCCGGAGAUCCCCAACUUCCCGGUGGAGCCCUACCUGGGUCAGAUCAAAAUGGAGAUGGAUCAGUUCCAGCCCCACGUGGUGGUGGGCGCCUCCAAAGGGGGCGUCUACAUCGUGGGCCUUUGGGAGCGCUACAUGUGGCGCGGGCCAACGGUUCUGAUCAACGCGCACCCCAUGUGCAAUCGCCUACCGCAGGAGGCGAACGUGGCCAUGGCGGUGGGGUCCAACGAUGAGGUCUACCCCAUCUCCCGGGCCGAGCUCGAGGUGCUGAUGAACACCGGGGGCCAGAACAAGACCUUCAUCUACUGGACCGCGGACAGCGGACGGUUGCCCUCGGGCCAGAUCUCCCGGCAGGGGGACACCCACAACCAGGAGUCGCUGCUGCACCACGACGUGCUGCCGCGGCUGAUCGAUGCGGUGCUCUGCAAGGAGGGCCCGGAGAUCCAUUUCCACCGCACCUGGAAAGAGAGGCUGUCUGUGCCCCGCAACGAGGCGGAGCUGUGGCUGGGCUUCAGCCCCCAGGAGGUCACGCGGCUUUGGUCCACCAACGGCUACUCCUCCAGCGGGCACCUCUUCGACGUGCAGCCGGGCACCGAGGAGUUCCGCAUGGUGAACGCCGCCUUCAAGGCCUUGCCGAUGGAGCAGCAGGCCUACAUUUUGUCCCCCCCCGAGAUGUGGGCGCCAGUGCGCGCCCUCCGCAUCCAGCGAGUGGAGAACGGCCCCCAGGGCGACGCCUCCUGGAAGCCUUACUACAAGUCCCUGGGGCGGCCGCUCGCUCAGACGCCGGACGCCGCCGACGGCGUUUCGCUUUUUUUUGUUUUUCCUUUUCCGGAUUCGGGGUCCGCAAGGUUGGGAAGUACCAUGUGGUUCGGAGAGGGAAACCGAACCCCCCGGUGUUUGGGGGCGGGGGUGGGGAAGGAAAACGUCUGUGUUUUUGAGGAGGCUCCACCCAAAAAGGAGGCGGGGCUCAGGGAGGAGAAUGCAAGGGGCUGA